AUGAGCGUGAGGUCCCGCAGGAGGAAGGCGGCAAGAGCAGCAGCAGGCGUGGGGGACACAGGCGUGGAGGAAGCAGAUGCUGUCAGGGUCCCAGGCUCUCGGGGUCCCCAGGAGUGGACGUGGGUGACGACAGCCGACUGCGAGGCCUGCCCUGGCCCUGACGGUGUCAUGCUUGCUGUAGCUCUCAGUUCCCGAGAGAAGAACCCCGAGGAGCGACUGUCCCCGGGGGCCCUGGCACCUGUGCCCGCCAUGCUGCUGCUGCUGGCCCUGCUCUGGGGGAUGGCGGGGGUGGAGGGACAGGGAGGGUAUCCAGAAGGUUACAGGCUGCAAGUGCAGAGUGUGGUGACGGUGCAGGAGGGCCUGUGUGUCCUUGUGCCCUGCUCCUUCUCCUACCUCGGGGACAGCCGGACUGACUCUGACCCUGUUCACGGCUACUGGUACCCGGAAGAGGCCGAUCCACACCGUGGCACUCCAGUGGCCACAAACGACCCAGCUAGGAAAGUGCAGGAGGAGACCCAGGGCCGAUUCCUCCUCCUCGGGGAUCCCAGGAGGAGCAACUGCUCCCUGAGCAUCAGAGACGCCACAAGGAGGGACCAGAAGUCAUACUUUUUUCGAGUAGAAGCAAGAAGAAAUGUGAAAUUCAGUUACACGAAUGACAAGCUUUUUGUGCAAGUGGCAGCCCUGACCCACACGCCCGACAUCCUCCUCCCGGGGACCCUGGAGUGCGGCCGCCCCAGCACCCUGACCUGCUCUGUGCCCUGGGCCUGUGAGCAGGGGACGCCCCCCAGGAUCUCCUGGGAGGGGGCUUCCGUGGCUCCCCAGGGCCCCAUCACUGGCCGCUCCUCGGUGCUCACCCUCGUCCCUCAGCCCCAGGACCACGGCACCAGCCUCACCUGCCAGGUGACCUUGCCUGGGGCCGGUGUGACCACGACGAGGACUGUCCAUCUCAACGUGUCCUACUCUCCUCAGAACCUGACGGUGACUGUCCUCCGAGGAGACGGCUCAGGUAGGACGGGCCCUCCCUGGGCUGCGGGAGCUGGGUCUCUUCCGUCAGGGCAGGUAUGUCCUUCUCACCAGACUCACCUGGUCACCUGA